UUCCACUUUUCGUCAAUUUCACACCAGAUUCCAUUCGCCAUGUCUGAAGCCGCCUCUACCGGAAACGCUGCCUUCGUCACUGCCUCGCAGGAGGUCACGAAGCUGAGCACUGCUCCCUCGAACGACAUCAAGCUGCAGCUGUACGCCAACUUCAAGCAGGGCAUCAACGGCGACAACACGACUCCUGCCCCGGGCUUCAUGGACUUCACCGGCAAGGCCAAGUGGAACGCCUGGACUGCCCUCAAGGGCACCAGCAAGGAGGACGCCCAGGCCAAGUACAUUGCGCUGGUCGAGGAGCUCAAGAAGACCCACGCCUAAAUCCACAUAAAUAGCAUUUGGUUUCUGGCCGGAAGGCACUAAAUAAACCUCCCUUUUGGCCUACA